AUGAUAUUCGAUAUCAUUGCGUCUAUACCAUACUAUCUAGGCUGGAACCCUUCUAAUGGUAGGGCCACAUUAUUCCCGCAAUACAAGCUAUCUUCAUUUGCAUGUGGUGAUGAGCAAGCGGCAAAGUGUUUGGGUGGCUACCUCGCCACUUGGCCACUAACAUGUAUCCUGGCUCAAGACUAUACAACUGAUAGUCAGCGUGCGUGGGUGAAAGAUAGAUUGCAUUAUAUUAGCAAUGAUCUUGGUGUCCGCUAUGCCGACGGAAUAGUCAAUAUGAAACUUCGUAUGCCUUCGAUGCUCAUUUAACGCGAUGCAACAACGGCAGCUUACAAGAGCUUUGGCAAUAUUCUCUCUGGUAAAGCAGCGCCCCUUGUCUGCCCACUAUUAUCAACAAAUGUAACAAAAUCCCCUUUGACCGCC